AUGGAAUGUGCUGACCGCGUCAGUCCGUCGAGCGAUAUGACGAGCGAAUCCGAAACCUCUCUGCCUCCGUUCUCCUACGAAAAUCAAAACGAAAAUUUUUACCAGCCAGAGGUGGAAAAACAAUAUUUUUCCUGCAAACAGAAGUCCCCACAGAACGAAAGGCACACCAAAGAGGUUUAUUUGCAGGAGAGCAAUAAAAACUUCGAGUACGCCUCGCCGCCGAGGAGUAAAAAAUAUUUGAAUUUCGAAUUGAAAUUGCCGCCAAUAAACGAUAACUUUUUUCAAAUGGAGACGGAGGAAAGAAUGCGUUCCUAUUUUAGCGAUAGUCAAAAAUGUAUUCCGAAUGAAAAUCAUUUAGUUGAAAUCGAUAUUGAUAUAAAUAAUCAGAAUUUUGAGAACGUUCCCGUUGGUAAUACUGAGAGAUUGCAGUCUUAUUUCGAAGGUGGACCGACGAAUAUGAGGCGUGUUAAUUUCAAUACAGAACAAGUUCAAUGCAUGUGCGAGGCUCUGCAACAAAAAGGUGAUAUAGAGAAAUUAGCGGCCUUCUUGUGGAGUCUGCCGGAAAGUCAGCUGGUCUGUGGAAAUGAAACGGUUUUACGAGCCCGUGCAUUGGUCGCGUACCAUAGAGGCGUGUACCAAGAAUUGUACGCCAUAUUGGAAACACACACUUUCCCGCCAAAACACCACACAAUGCUACAGAACUUGUGGUUCAACGCUCACUACAAAGAGGCAGAAAAAGUCCGCGGACGGGAUUUGGGUGCCGUCGAUAAAUACAGAUUACGAAAGAAAUAUCCUUUGCCAAAGACAAUUUGGGACGGCGAAGAAACAGUCUACUGUUUUAAAGAGAAGAGUAGGAACGCCCUCAAGGAAUGUUACUAUAGAAAUAGGUACCCAACGCCAGAUGAAAAACGCGCUUUAGCACAAAAGACUGGUCUGACGUUAACGCAAGUGUCAAAUUGGUUCAAAAACCGACGUCAAAGAGACAGAACUCCACAACAACCUAACAGACCAGAAAUUUUGGUCCCUGCUCAACAUGCCCAAGGCGGAUGGGCUCAAUCAUUUCUACCCAACGCCUACUACCAUAAACUCCAAGAUACUACUCAUUUCUUACACGGCAAUACACCAUAA